GAGUGCGGCGGCGGCGGGCGGGAUCCAGGGAGGAUCCGCAGCGGGAGCAGCGCGCGCCUGGCCCGUCGAUGGCGGCCCGAGCGGGCCCUGUCGCGGCCGCCUGCGGGCCGUGCAGUUGUUAGGAGUGGCAGACGGGCUGCGCGUUCGCCCCUUCGCCCAUCCGUCUCGGCGGCCGGCGGCCCCUCCGCCAACAUGUCGCUGGCCAUGGAGGAGGAGGAGUACGCCCGGCUGGUGAUGGAGUCGGAGCCCGAGUGGCUGCGGAGCGAGAUCAAGCGUCUCUUCCAGGAGCUGGGCGAGACCACCCGGGAGAAGAUCCAGGCGGCGGAGUACGGGCUGGCAGUGUUGGAGGAGAAGCAGCAGCUGAAGCAGCAGUAUGAGGAGCUGGAGGUGGAGUACGAGACCAUCCGCACCGAGAUGGAGCAGCUGAAGGAGGCUUUUGGACAGGCCCAUACCAACCACAAGAAGGUAGCAGCAGAUGGAGAGAGCAGAGAGGAAACCUUGAUUCAAGAAUCAGCUACCAAAGAAGAAUACUACAUGAAGAAGGUUAUGGAGUUGCAGACAGAAUUGAAGCAGAUAAGAAAUGUCCUUACCAACACACAGUCUGAAAAUGAACGCCUUAAUUCUGUUGCACAGGAACUGAAGGAGGUCAACCAGAAUGUGGAGAUCCAAAGGGCCCGCCUGCGAGAUGAUAUUAAAGAAUAUAAAUUCCGAGAAGCACGUUUGCUGCAAGACUAUACUGAACUUGAAGAGGAAAACAUCUGUCUCCAGAAACAAGUGUCUGUCCUGAAGCAAAGUCAGGUGGAGUUUGAAGGCUUGAAACAUGAAAUCAAAAGGCUGGAAGAGGAAACCGAGUUUCUCAAUAGCCAGCUGGAAGAUGCCAUCCGGCUGAAGGAGAUCUCUGAGCGCCAACUUGAGGAGGCCUUGGAGACACUGAAGACAGAACGGGAGCAGAAGAACAACCUUCGGAAGGAGCUGUCUCACUACAUGAACAUCAAUGAUUCCAUGUACAACAGCCACUUAAAUAUCUCUUUGGAUGGGCUGAAGUUCAGCGAUGAAGCCACAGAGCCUAAUAAUGAUGAAAUCAUGAAUGGAUUUGAACAAAACUGCCUCAGCAAACUCAGCAAUGGCAAGAACAGUACUUCAACACCCAAGAAAAAUGAAAGCUUCCCUCCAGCCCCCAGUCUGGUUUCAGAUCUCCUGAGUGAAUUAAACAUUUCUGAAAUCCAGAAGCUGAAACAGCAGCUUGUGCAGAUGGAAAGAGAAAAGGUUAACUUGUUAACAACACUGCAGGAAUCUCAGAAGCAGCUGGAAAAUACACGAGGGGCCCUCUCAGAGCAGCAUGAGAAAAUUGGCAGGCUCACUGAAAAUCUGAACGCCAUGAAGAAGCUCCAAGUCAGUAAGGAGCGUCAGUCAGCCCUUGACAAUGAGAAGGACCGAGAUAGCCAUGAGGAUGGAGACUAUUAUGAGGUUGACAUCAAUGGGCCAGAGAUCCUGGAGUGCAAGUACAAAGUGGCUGUGGUGGAAAUUACUGACCUGAAAGAAGAGCUCAAAAAUUUGAAGGCAAAAUACAAAGAAUGUGAGUCUAAGUAUGAGGAAGAGAAGAGUAGGUAUGAGACUGAGAGCCAAGCUCUCACUGAAAAGAUCACAUCAUUGGAAAAGUCCAGUAGGCAUGAUAGAGAACAGAUGGCCAGGCUGGAGAAGGAGCUGAAGAAAGUCAGUGAUGUUGCUGGAGAAACACAGGGCAGCCUCAGCGUGGCCCAAGAUGAACUAGUCACCUUCAGUGAAGAGCUGGCCAAUUUAUACCACCAUGUCUGCAUGUGCAACAAUGAAACUCCAAACAGAGUGAUGCUGGACUACUACAAGGAGGGUAAAGGUGGACGCAGUAGUCCAGAGACCAAGGGAAGAAGGUCUCCCAUUCUCCUUUCUAAAGGGCUGUUAACAAUUGAGCUGGGUAAGGCAGAGAAUGGAAGUUGUGACAGCAGCCCAUCCCCGGUGUCAUCUCUGCCAUCCCCUGUGUCAGAUCCUCGGAAGGAACCAAUGAAUAUUUACAACUUGAUUGCAAUAAUCCGGGAUCAGAUCAAACACCUGCAAGCUGCUGUGGAUAGAACAACCGAGCUGUCCAGGCAGCGUGUUGCUACUCAAGAACUUGGGCCAGUAGUGGACAAAGACAAGGAAGCUCUCAUGGAAGAAAUCCUGAAACUGAAGUCCUUGCUGAGCACCAAGAGGGAACAGAUAGCAACUCUGAGAACUGUGCUGAAAGCCAACAAACAGACUGCAGAAGUAGCCCUUGCCAACUUAAAAAGCAAGUAUGAGAAUGAGAAAGCAAUGGUUACAGAGACCAUGAUGAAGCUGCGAAAUGAGCUGAAGGCUUUGAAAGAAGAUGCUGCCACCUUCUCUUCCCUGAGAGCUAUGUUUGCUACAAGAUGCGAUGAAUAUGUCACACAGCUGGAUGAAAUGCAGCGGCAACUUGCAGCAGCCGAGGAUGAGAAGAAGACUCUGAACUCCUUGCUUCGGAUGGCUAUCCAACAGAAACUGGCCUUGACUCAGCGCCUGGAGCAUUUGGAACUGGACCACGAGCAGUCCAAAAGGGUGCGCACAAAGUCUGCCUCCAAAGCCAAGGGCAGUAAUCCCAGUGUAAGUCACAUUCGGUCCUGUGGAGACAGGUCUGAAGGAUCUGUCCUGAACAACCAGGUGUUUUGUAGUGAGAAAUAUAAAAUCUAUUGUGACUAGGUCACGUGUCUAGAAAAACCAUAUUCUGCAUCUAUUUUAUGCUGUAACUGUCAGCGUAAAUCCCCACUAUCUAAUGUCACAGUAAGUUGACUCGUACUAGUAUGUUGUUGAACCAGGUAAUACAGGUUUAUUACGGUGUUCUUAACUGUAACUAAUGCAUAAGUAUGGGGAUGCUAUUAACAAGUUAAUAGUGGAAAGCAAUUAGCUUUUUCCACAAUUAACAUGUCUGGGGUUUGCUGGUUAUGGUGUUAAUAGUACGCCUGAUAAAGGAUAUAUCUGGUGUUACUUACUGUAGUUUGUAUAGCACAAAUGUGACCCUUUCUCCAGGUUUGCAGCAUAUUUCAAUAAAUGCUUUCAUAGGCAGAAAUAGAGAAUCUUCCUUGUUACUGUGGCUUAAGUGGUGAAAAGCAAAGGUUAAAAUUAGAGCUAUGUCUUGGGAAUGCAGAGCAUUUGGAAACUGGAGUCAAACUUAAUUUGCCUGUAGUAGCAGAUGUUAAAUACUUGCUGUUGUAUCACCACUAACCAAAGUUCUAAAGCUUUUAUAGGUUUUAAAAGCUAGAAGAAAACUUGGUACAUUAUUUGUGCUCUGUGUCCCUCUCUUCAGAGGGAUAGUCAGAAGAAACUUGCACAUUUAUAUUAAAAAUAUGCAAUAUUAACUCCAUCUGAUACAAAAUUUAAAAUGUUAAGAAUUGGUAUUCUGCUUGCUAGACAUUUCCUGUUUAAGAAGUUAUGUCCUGGAAGGAUCUGUGUGGUCUUAUGUUGCUCCUUGCAAGCAUAACACUUUGGAAAAAACCUAUCUGAAAUACCCUUUAUAGGAAAGUAGCCACACAGUAUAUGUGUGUAGAAUUAAUGUGACUAUGGUCUAGCAUUGUUGGUCACAAACAGUUUUCCUCAGUUCUCAGUAUUAACCUAAAUAGGUAAUAUUUCAGAGCUCUGAUCAUUUUUUUAAGUACAUGGCAGAUACUGCAUUCCAUAUGCAAGCCAUGUGUUUCACAGGGCUCUACAUUAGAGGCACAGGAAAUUGAUCCAGAUCAUCCAGCUAAUAAUGAUUUAUGAAGUAGCUUAGUGCACAUUUUAAUCUUCAAAAAUAAAUAAAUCUUUGUCUGAUAUUGAACUUUUAAGGGGCCUUUUUACCCACUUAAUUACAAUAUGUUUGAUAGUAUAAAAGUGUACUUUCUAAUUGGUGCCUACAUAAGAGAAAAAGAUUGAAAAUGUUGCUUCUAAAAUUGUGGGAAAUUUGUGGAGCGCUGAAAGGCGCAGUUCUUUGUUUAACCCGGAGUUUGAAGUGCCUCGCCUCAGACUUUAUUUUAAUGUAAAGCCCUGUUCAUUUUGUGCUCUUUCAAAUACUUUUGUAUGCCUGCAGUGUUAGUAAAAGGAAGGCGAGCCUUUGCCGUGAGUGCUUGCUGGUGUGGCUCCCAAAGGCACUGUGAGCUGUGCUGUGGCUCUGCCGCCACCCGCGCGCACGCGGGACGCGUCCCAGUGCUAACAGAAGCUAGUGA